UUUGUUGUGAGAGGAGCGCGAGCCGUCAUGUCGCUGCAGUUUACAGAUGAGGAGUUUCAGAGCGCGUGGAGGGAGCUGGAUGAGCCGCAGCUGGAGGGAGGAUGGGAGCUUUUCACCGAGACGAUGGGAGUCAAAAUCUACCGGCUCCAUGACAAGGAAACUGGACUUUAUGAGUACAAAAUCUUUGGUGUGCUCAACACCUGCAAUGCAGAGCUGUGUGCAGAGGUCUACAUGGACUUGACGUAUCGGAAACAUUGGGAUACAUAUGUGAAAGAGCUCUAUGAGAAGGACUUCAGUGGAAAUAAAGCAAUCUACUGGGAAGUAAAAUACCCGUUUCCCAUGUCAAACAGAGACUAUGUGUACAUGAGGGAGCGCAGAGACCUGGAUGUGGACGGCAGGAGGAUCUGGGUGAUUCUCGCCAGAAGUGCGCCAGAGACGCCGUGUGCAGAAAAGAGUGGCGUGCUGCGCGUCAAAGACUACAAGCAGAGCGUCGCCUUGGAGAGCGAUGGAGGCUGUGGAACUAAAGUUUUCAUGAAUUACUUCGACAACCCCGGUGGCAUGAUUCCUACCUGGCUGGUGAACUGGGCAGCGAAGACUGGGGUUCCAGGUUUCCUCACAGACAUGCAGAAGGCCUGCAGCAGCUACAGCAACUACUGCCAGAAGAAAUGAACGCAACUGACGGCACAAUGGCUCUGCACAAGAGCUCGGCUUUAUUUUUCUUGUUUUAAUCUUAGUUUUUCUUGAUGCUGGAUGAUCAAAUUUCUGUCUGGGGUGAAUGUGGUGUGGGCUGCUACUUGUGGUCGUAGCAUGCUGUAGACUCAGGCAUGAUGUGCAUGACCGGCUGUAGUAAUCAAUACUGUAUUGUCUUUUCUGUGCAAUUACUGUGAGGAAGCUGCAGAAUUUAGGAGCUGUUAGGAGUUUCAAAGUGGCAAUAGACAACUUGUACAGUUUCCAAGUGGUAUAAUUCCUGGCGCCGCUGUCUCAAAGACAACCGGAUCACUUUAUAUUCACUUUACUACCAGCCACUUAUUCACACCAUCAGGGGAAAAAGCAAGAAAUGUAUUCAAAUAUAUUAUAUUGUAAUUAAUUCACAUUGAUGCUCAGAGUAGAUUCAAGAUGAACGUUCUCCUCCUUCAUGCUAUUCACACGACACAGCGGAACGAAAUGACGGUGCAUCAGACUCACAGUACGCAGGCAGCUUCUCCGUCGCUGCAACCGACACAAACACGACGUUUUAUGCAAAUUAAUAUGCGAAUAAAUCUGCCGACUUUUAGCUAUUUGCUAGCUACUUAUAGCGGAAGAGAGUUGACGACGCUGCACAGUUUUCAACAGCAUCGUACUUUUUUAGAACCAAUCUAAACGCAGAUGCAGUCAUUAAUCUGUAGCCAUUACAUUGUGCAAUCAACAUUAACUUCAUAACGCAAAAAUAAUUAGUUUUUAAAGCUUUUAAUGUUUAGACAAAAUACUAAAAUGUAUUAAAACUUCGGGGACUACGUGGUAAAACUUCAAACUGCAGCUUGACGUUGUUUUAAAUGUGUUUACUUCACCUGAUGCAAUAGAUUCAUUGUACUGUAUGUUCUGGUCACACUGGAAUCUCCUCUUUCAAUCCAGUCAUUCGUUAUAAUGACGUGAACGUGACACGUCUGUCAAACCUUUGGAGGAAUGUUGCCUGAUCAUGUUCUGUUCUGAUUUAUUAUGGGUGCAUAUGAUUAAAGAUCUGAGAUAUUACUAUUGAUUUAGGCUGUACCUCAGUGCUCUGCUUGAUGCAGGUGCAUAUGGUUUAAUCUGCUCAUGCAAAGCCUAUUACUGUGUAAUAUUGCUGUUUUAUUGAAAUGAAUAAACUUGAAACUAAAUUGAAA